AUGUCUUGCUGCCGGAGUGAAGAGUAUAAGGAGCAAAAUAGAAUAAAUAAGGAAAUCGAAAAGCAACUGAAGCGUGAUAAAAAGGAUGCCCGAAGGGAGCUCAAACUUCUUUUGCUGGGCACAGGCGAAUCGGGAAAGAGCACCUUCAUCAAGCAGAUGCGCAUCAUCCACGGUUCGGGCUACUCGGAUGAGGAGAGACGCAGUCUAAUAAAACUGGUCUACCAGAAUAUCUAUCUUGCCAUGUACACCCUUAUUCGGGCCAUGGAGACCCUUAAGAUACCCUACGAGAACCCCAUCAAUCGGGAACACGCAGAGCAAGCGCGCGAGAUCGAUUACGAGACGGUGACCACCCUGGAUCCAGCUCAUGUGGUGGCUAUCAAGUCGUUGUGGAGUGACCCGGGUAUCAAGGAGUGCUACGAUCGUCGUCGCGAAUAUCAACUUGCUGAUUCUGCCAAAUACUACUUGGACAACAUCGAUCGCAUAGCCGCCAGUGACUACCUUCCCACCUUGCAAGACAUCCUUCGUUUGCGUGUUCCCACCACUGGAAUCAUCGAGUAUCCCUUCGAUUUGGACUCUAUCAUCUUUCGGAUGGUCGAUGUAGGCGGUCAGAGAUCGGAGCGUCGAAAAUGGAUCCAUUGCUUUGAGAGCGUCACCUCAAUUAUGUUCCUUGUCGCUCUCUCCGAAUACGAUCAGGUUCUUGUCGAAUCGGACAAUGAGAACCGAAUGGAGGAAAGUAAGGCCCUCUUCCGAACAAUCAUCACCUACCCCUGGUUUCAGGAGUCCUCAGUCAUUCUCUUUCUCAACAAGAAGGAUCUACUGGAAGAGAAGAUUCUCUAUUCUCACCUCGUUGAUUACUUUCCCGAAUACGAUGGUCCUCAAAGAGACGCCAAAGCAGCGCGCGAGUUCAUCUUGAAGAUGUUCGUGGAGCUAAAUCCCGACCCGGAGAAGGUCAUCUAUUCGCACAUCACCUGUGCCACAGACACGGAGAACAUUCGGUUCGUCUUCGCCGCUGUAAAGGAUACCAUUCUCCAACUGAACCUGAAGGAAUACAACCUCGUUUAG